AACAUUAAUUUUCUCACUUAAUCUUUGUCUAAUACAAGAAAAUCUACCAAACAUUUAAUGCAAAAUUACAUUCAAAGAUUUGCUGCCAUUUGUGCGGCUCCAUGUUGCUGUAACUUUGCAGCCACUUUGCAGCCUUUGCAUCCUCAUUUCAACAACAUUUGCAGCUUAGCUUGCUGCACUUUGCUGCUACCGUGCUUUGGUGCAGCUCUCCCUGCUUCAUUUGCUGCUCGUGGUGUAGCUUGGACUUCUUUUCAUUUGCUACUCUUGGUGCAGCUUUGACACCACAACUCCAACAUUAACAUCAAGCAAAAGCCUGCUCGUAGCAGUUUUGACAAUGUUAAUCUUGCAUGUUCAUCAUGAUAUCAUCUGAAGUAAAUGAUUGAGACAGCA